AUGUAUUCGUCGGGUCAGUUCAUGAACCCUGGACCUGCACCGCGACCGCCGACGGACAGACCACGAUUGAACCUCACGCCCAGUCAAAAUCUACCUGGCAACAUGGCCAACAUGAGUUUGAACUCGCCCGGAAUGGGUAGGGGCCAGUUCGGCGGCGGUUCCAGUGUCUACGGCGGAUCGACCAUAUCUCUACCACUGAGUCGAGCUGCGUCCAACACAGACGGCCUGGGCGGGGUCGCCAUCAUCAAGGAAGGUUGGGCGCAAGUCAAAGAAAGCAAAAACUUUAUCAACCCGUGGAAGCAGAAAUAUCUUAUCCUGCGAAAGGAGGCCCUUGAUUUCCACAAACAAGAGGGGAGCAAAUCAUCGUAUACACUCUACCUCAAGGAUGUGAUCAAUGUUGGCCGUGUAGAAGCUGCGGGCACGAUUUUCGAGGUCAAACGUCAGUCCAAUGGCACAUCAACGAGCCCCGGCGAGGAUGAUGGCACCGUGAGGACGCUUCAGAUCAAGGUCAAGAGCGACGACGAUCUCUACGAAUGGAUAGACUUCAUUUACGCGCGGUGCCCUGGUAUGGGAGGAGUGAGCAAUCCAACAAACUUCUCCCAUGCAGUGCACGUCGGAUUUGACCCUCAGACUGGCGAGUUUGUCGGCUUGCCCCCCGAGUGGUCCAAGCUAUUGAACUCAUCCGCUAUCACCAAGGAAGACUACGAGAGGAAUCCUCAAGCCGUAUUCGAAGUUCUAGAUUUCUACUCAGACCUCACCAAGCGUAACGAUAACCCCGCUCAGUACUCGAGUCUAACCCCGACGCCCCCGGCCGGCGCCAUGCCAAACAAGCAACUAGGCUACAGUACCGGAGCGAACGUUGCCCCGCCGAGGCAGAUGCAGCAACAGCAACAGCAACAGCAGCAGCCUAUGCAGCGCACUAACAACUAUCCAAACAUGUCUGGUGGUGGGUUACCGCCCAAUGCAUCUGGUGCCCGUGGGCCUUCCCCGCCCGAUCCCCAGCAGCAGCAAAGGCAGCAGAUGCAGAACAUGUCUUCUAAUUAUGUCAAUCAAGGGGACCCGAACCGUGACGCUGAACGGCAGAGGCAGGCCGAGGCAGCUCAGCGACAGCGCAUGAUGGAGAUCGAGGAACAGAACCGUCGCGAUCUCGAGGCCUACAACGCUUCUAUUCCCCAAACGAAGAAGCCGAUAGCACAGCAAGAGAUCGGCGGGUACGGCGGACCGCCAUCUUCAUCUACGGACCGCUUCAACCCCAACAGGGCGCCUCCUCCUGCCCCCAAGACUACAGCUCAACAGUCCAACCUCCAGGCACAGCGUCCUGCUCCACGGGCCCCGAACGCCGCCGGGGGUCCGCGACCUGGAAUUUCUCAACAAAGCAGCUCACAAAAUGUGCGGGAUCCUGCAUCGCAACAACAACAACAACAGCAGCAACAACAGCGUGCCGCACCUCGCAACGACCAAUCGCCGAAUGCGCAGAGGUAUCCCAACGGUGGGCCCGGCUCCCAGCCUCGUACCAAUGGCCAAUCUCAGAACCAACAGCCAUCGCGCUUGCCUGCGCCUGUUAAGCCUCUCAAUGUUGCGCCCAAACCUGCAGCGCAAUCCGAUGCAGUCAGGGCGGCUGAGGCCGCGUUGACUGCGAAGCCCCCCGCGCAGGAGCGGCAGAAGGACGUGCGCAUGUCGACCAUGUCAGAAACCGAGGUUAUGGCCAAACUCAAGGAGGCCGUGUCAAAGGACGACCCGAAUUUGUCCUACUCGAAGCAAAAGAAGAUCGGUCAGGGAGCUUCCGGUUCGGUCUAUGUUGCCAAGGUCAAGGAGACGGCAGUCUCUCCCAUUGCUCGCGAGCUUCUUCGCGAGCAAGGCUCUAGGGCUCAGGUCGCCAUCAAGCAAAUGGAUCUGGCUCACCAACCCCGUAAGGAACUUAUUGUCAACGAAAUCAUGGUGAUGAAAGACAGCACACACCGUAAUAUUGUCAACUACCUCGACGCAUUCCUACGAAACAACUACACCGAGCUUUGGGUGGUUAUGGAGUACAUGGAGGGUGGAGCUUUAACCGAUGUGAUCGACAACAACCCUGUUAUCACUGAGGAGCAAAUCUCUACCAUUUGCCUGGAGACUUGCCAGGGACUGCAGCACCUGCACUCGCAGAGCAUCAUCCACCGUGAUAUCAAGAGUGACAACGUGCUUCUGGAUGCCAGGGGUAACGUUAAGAUUACCGAUUUUGGAUUCUGCGCCAAGCUCACCGAGUCCAAGUCGAAGCGAGCCACCAUGGUUGGAACUCCUUACUGGAUGGCGCCCGAAGUCGUCAAGCAGAAGGAGUACGGUCCCAAGGUUGACAUUUGGUCUCUGGGUAUUAUGGCGAUUGAGAUGAUCGAAUCCGAGCCGCCGUAUUUGAACGAGGAGCCGCUCAAGGCGCUGUAUCUGAUUGCUACUAACGGCACACCUCGCCUCAAGAACCCGGCAAAGCUGAGCAAAGAGCUGAAGGCUUUCUUGUCUGUCUGCCUCUGCGUCGACGUCAAGAGCCGAGCGUCCGCCAAGGAACUUCUUGAACAUGACUUCUUGAAGCAUGGUUGCCCUCUUGGUAGCUUGUCUGACCUCCUCGCCUUCAAGAAGCACGCCAAAUAA